CCGGCCGCGGAAGCGGGCGCCUGGCGAAGGCUCCGCCGGCUGCGCGCGCAGCCCGCGCUCCUGGCGCCGAGCAGCGCGCAGCGGCCGCCAUCGCCAGGGGGUCCCGGCCCCGGCCGCGUCCCCGAACAAUAACGCUCUUGUUGCGAGCGCCGGGGGCCGGCCGAGCCCCUUCCCCGCUCGUCCCUCGUCCCCCCGCGCCGCCGCCUCGGGCCCCGCGCCCCGGUGCAUGGAGAAGCAGGGCAGGAUGGACUGCCCCGCGCUGCCCCCGGGCUGGAAGAAGGAAGAGGUGAUCCGCAAGUCGGGCCUCAGCGCCGGCAAGAGCGAUGUCUACUACUUCAGUCCAAGUGGUAAGAAGUUCAGAAGCAAGCCUCAGUUGGCAAGAUACCUGGGAAACACUGUUGAUCUCAGCAGUUUUGACUUCAGAACGGGAAAGAUGAUGCCCAGUAAAUUGCAGAAGAACAAACAGAAACUAAGGAAUGAUUCUCUCAAUCAAAAUAAGGGGAAACCAGACUUAAACACAACUUUACCCAUCAGACAAACCGCCUCGAUUUUCAAACAGCCCGUCACCAAAGUGACCAAUCACCCCAGUAACAAAGUGCGAUCGGAUCCGCAGCGAGUGACGGAGCAGCCGCGACAGCUUUUCUGGGAGAAGAGGCUCCAAGGGCUCAGCGCGUCGGACGUCAGCGAACAGAUCAUCAAAUCCAUGGAGCUGCCCAAAGGGCUCCAAGGGGUCGGGCCGGGUAACAACGACGACACGCUCUUGUCGGCCGUGGCCAGCGCUUUGCACACCAGCUCGGCGCCCAUCACGGGGCAGCUCUCGGCAGCCGUCGAGAAGAACCCGGCCGUCUGGCUCAACACAUCGCAGCCCCUCUGCAAAGCUUUCAUCGUCACGGACGACGACAUCAGGAAACAAGAAGAGCGGGUGCAGCAAGUGCGCAAGAAGCUGGAGGAGGCGCUGAUGGCGGAUAUUUUGUCCCGAGCGGCUGACACCACGAAGGACAUGGAGGUGGAGAUGGAUAACGGAGACGAGGCGUAAAAAGAAAUCAGGUACUUUUAACUGACUUGUCCCAGGAGGAACUUCCAGAAGACAGAGGCACUUUCUCCUUUGGUCUUUCGUUCUAAGAAGAAAAGGACCCAUGCACAUUUAUAGCUUUCUAAUAGCAUUAAAACCAAGGCCUUUUGUAGACUCCUAUUUUUGAUGUAUAUAUCUUAUUUGAAAAGCAACUUUAUUUUGUGUCCUAUGACUUCAAGUCCUUUUUUAAGUAUCAAACGUUACCCUUAAUCUAAAGCUGAGCUUUUGAUGCCAGGUUGCAAACCUACUGGAAUUCUCUUGCCUGUCCUAAAGAUUGGGUUUUCCUGUGGUUUUUAGAAAGGCCGGAUCAGGAGAACAGAACCAUUUCCCAAUUAAGGAUUCUUGUGACUCUGUAUAUAAACAGAUUUUUAUACCUAUGGGUGAAAGCACCUGCACAUUCUUCCGUCAUCACUGUAAAGAGAAAUAAAUGAUUAUAUUCCAAGCAGCUGCAAA